AUGAAAGUUUUCGCACUCGUCUCAGCCCUUGUGGCUCUUAGCGCUGCAAAGUCAGUUUUCAAAAGAAACGCAUAUGGAGACGAGCCUGUUGCCCCAGCACCAGCACCAGCACCAGCAGCCGAAGCUCCCGCUCCAGCCGCUCCAGUUGAGCAAGCUCCAGUAGCAGUUGAGCAACCAGCUGCCAACUAUGCUGCUCCAGCUCCUCCACCACCGCAAGAACCAUCAGCUUCAGCACCAGCUGCUGAAGCUGCUCCACAGGAAGCUCCAGCCCAACCAGAGCAAGCUCCCGUUGAACAACCAGCACCUCAACCUCAAGCCGUACCUGCAGCGGCUGAACCAUCAGGAUACUAG